CAAAUCUUCUAAAAAAGUCAUGACAACAACUUCAUCAAACACCAUGUUUGCUACCUCCUCAAAUCAAAUUCCCAUUUUCGAUGGAGAAUUGUACGAGUACUGGAGUGCCCAAAUGGAGCCAAUUUUUAUCUCUCAAGAUCUGUGGGAUAUCGUCCAAGAAGGCUACGAAGAUCCACAAGACGAGGAUGAAGACUCGAAGAAACGAGCAGGCAAGCAGACAAAGGAGUACAAGGAGAAUGCCAAGCAAAAUGCCAGCGCCUUGAGAAUCAUUCAGCAAGCAGUGAGCAAAUCUAUUUACCCAAGAAUCUAUGGCAUCAAAAAGGCGAAAGAAGCUUGGGAUGUCUUGCGUGAACAAUUUCAAGGUUCUGAAAAGGCAAUCUCUAUCAGGCGCCAAAGUUUAUGGCGACAGUUCGACAACUUGAUGAUGAAGGAAACCGACACCAUUAAAGACUUCCAUUCACGUGUGGCGGAGACAGUCAACCAGAUCAAAGCCACCGGUGACGUCAUGGAAGAGAGGAAGGUCGUGGAGAGAAUUCUCCGGAGCUUAUCAUCAAAGUUCGAGCAUAUUGUUGCUGUCAUUGAAGAAACCAAAGAUUUGGCAAAUUUAUCAAUGAGCGAGUUGAUGGGCUCACUUGUAGCACAUGAGCAAAGAAUGAGCCGAUUCACCAAACCGCCAUUGGAGCAAGCUUUCACGUCAAAAGUCAACAUGACGGAAAGUAAAUAUGCCAAAUCGGAGCAAGGCCAGAGAGGGGGAAACUCACAAGGAAGAGGAAGAGGAAGAUCCAAUUACAGAGGAAACAACGGACAAAAUUAUCAACAACAAAGAUUGGGCUACACCGGCUCGAGUUGCAUAAUUUGCAAAAAGGCGGGUCAUGCAACAAAAGACUGCAGAUUCAAGUGCACCAAGUGCAGAAUUCAGAACCACUCCCAGAGAGAUUGUUGGUUCCAGAACAAGCAAGAAGAUGGCGAGUCAAGCGGCACCAAAAAUGAAGAAAGCAAUAUGGUGGCCUUGUCAUGCUUGUAUGGUGAGCAAAAAUCACAGCUUCCCUGGAUGGUGGAUAGUGGUUGCAGUAACCACAUGACUGGAGAUCUGGAGUCCUUCACCGACAUCGAUGACAAAUACCGCUCUCAAGUCAAAUUGGGAGACGGGAAGAAGCUAAAAGUGGAAGGAAAAGGCACAGUUGUUGUAUGCACAGAAGAAGGCAACAAAACUCUCAUUCGAGAUGUUUUGUAUGUUCCGGAGCUAACUCUCAAUCUACUUAGCGUGGGACAACUGAUGCUGAAAAAUUACAAGCUAUUGUUUGAUAAUGGCGUGUGCGAGAUUAUCAACAAAGCAGACAAUUUCAUGGUGGCCAAAAUCCCGAUGACUUCCAACAGAAUUUUCUCUCUUGCUAUGUCACAAAAUGGUGAAGUAGCAUUCAAGAGUGAAAAUCUGGAUCAAUCCUUCCUAUGGCAUCUCAGAUACGGUCAUCUCAACUUCAGAGGCCUCAAAUUGCUGAGGCAGAAAAAUAUGGUGGCGGGACUUCCCCAGAUCAACAGAGAAGAUAAAAUAUGUGAAGGAUGCAUAUAUGGCAAAAUGCAUCGUUUACCAUUUCCAAAGACAUCUUGGAGAGCAAAAGCGCCACUGGAGUUGGUACAUGCAGACAUAUGCGGUCCAACCCGAACACAAUCACUCAGCGGCAAAAGAUACUUUCUACUAUUUGUAGAUGACUUCACCAGAAUGAUGUGGGUAUUCUUUCUGGAGCAAAAGUCAGAAGCUUUUCCCAAGUUCCUUCAAUUCCAAGCAGUAGCUGAGAAGGAAAGCGGCCAUCAAAUCAAAACUCUCCGUACAGAUCGUGGAGGAGAAUUUAUUUAUACUCCGUUCAUGGAGUAUUGCCGCAACAACGGGAUAAAAAGGCAGCUGACGGUCCGUUACACACCACAACAAAAUGGCGUGGCAGAACGGAAAAAUCGCACGAUUGUGGAGAUGGCGAGAAGUAUGCUCAAAGCAAAGAAGCUUCCCAACAACUUGUGGGCAGAAGCGGUCAAUACAACAAUUUACAUCCUCAACAGAUCACCAACCAAAGCAGUUCGGAACAAGACACCGAUACAUGCGUGGCACCACAGGAGGCCACAGGUGGAUCACCUCAAAGUCUUUGGGUGCAUAGCUUAUGCACAUAUUUCUACCCCAAACCGAGACAAGUUUGACCAGAAGGGAGAGAAGCUUAUCUUCACUGGCUACAGUGAUGAGUCCAAAGGCUAUCGUCUUUACAAUCCGGUAAAGAAUGAAGUGGUGGUUUCCCGAGAUGUGAUCUUUGAUGAGAUGGCAGAGUGGAAUUGGGAAAAUCCAAUUUCUCAAUCUCCACCAAGUUAUGAAAUUCUGGAGGACUCAGCAACUCCAGAAGACCCCAGCAACAACCCAGAUCCUGUUGCAAGUCCAGAAAGAAAUUCUGCACCUAGUCCAGAAGGAGACAACUUCAGAGACGUCGUAACAGACUCGGAUUCACCUCCGUUAAAAACAAGGUCUUUACAAGAAAUUUAUGAAACAAGUCAUGUUGCAUAUUUUUCUUGUGAACCUCAAGUGUUUGAAGAAGCAGCCAAAGAAGAAGUUUGGAACCAGGCAAUGGAUGCAGAAAUUUCCAUGAUCGAGAAAAACAAGACAUGGGAGCUUGUUGAUCAACCGGAGGACAAGCCGGUUAUAGGUCUCAAAUGGAUCUAUAAGAUCAAAUUCAAUGAAGAUGGUUCUAUCCAGAAGUACAAAGCUCGACUGGUGGCAAAGGGCUAUUCACAACAGCCAGGUAUUGAUUUUCACGAGACAUAUGCACCAGUAGCGAGGAUGGAGACCAUCAGAACAGUUCUCGCUCUAGCUGCUCAACUGGAGUUACCAGUAUACCAGCUGGAUGUCAAAUCAGCAUUUCUGAAUGGAGAACUGGAAGAAGAAGUCUAUGUGGAACAACCACGAGGCUAUGAGAAAAAAGGAGAAGAAGACAAAGUCUAUCGUCUCCGAAAGGCUUUAUACGGGCUGAAGCAAGCACCGAGAGCCUGGAACAGCAGAAUUGAUCGAUAUUUUCAGCAAAACGAAUUUCAAAGAAGUCCGAGUGAAGCAUCUCUCUACAUCAAAAAGGGAGAAGGAAAAAAUUUUCUAAUGGUUUGUUUAUAUGUUGAUGAUUUGAUUUACACAGGUACAAGUCAGCAUAUGAUCGAAGAAUUCAAAAGUGCCAUGAUGAAAGAAUUCGAGAUGACGGACUUGGGACUCAUGAAGUAUUUUCUUGGGAUCCAAGUGAAGCAGUCACCUGGAGAAAUAUUUAUUUCACAGGAGAAGUACACCGAAGAUAUGCUGAAAAGAUUUCACAUGGCAACGUGCAAACCAAUCUCAACACCGAUGGCGUUAAACGAGAAAUUACAACGCAAUGAUGGAGCUGAAAACGUCGAUGGAAAGCUGUACAGAAGUCUUGUCGGGUCACUCAUUUACCUGACACAUACCAGGCCGGAUAUAUGUCAUUCAGUAAGUCUUAUAUCAAGAUUUAUGAAUGAACCUAGCAAACUUCAUUUUGCAGCAGCCAAAAGAAUUUUGCGGUAUCUUCAAGGUACAAAGAAAUUGGGCCUGAUGUACAAGAAAGAAGCAGAAAGCAAGCUGACUGGAUUUACCGAUAGUGACUGGGCAGGAUCACUAGAUGAUCGAAAAAGCACAUCGGGGUACAUAUUCUGUCUGGGUUCAAAACCCAUUUCCUGGAGUUCAAAGAAGCAAAAGACUGUUGCUCUAUCUUCAGCGGAAGCAGAAUAUAUCGCAGCUACAGAUGCAGCGUGCGAAGCGGUAUGGCUAAAAAGAUUAAUUUCUGAUUUGCAGCAAAAUGAAAAUGGUCCAACCAUUAUUCAUUGUGACAACAUGUCAGCCAUAGCCAUGACAAAGAAUCCAGUAUUUCACGCAAGAUCGAAGCAUAUCGAGGUGCGUCAUCAUUUCAUUCGAGACCUCGUCAACGAAGGACUAAUCGUGAUGGAAUUCAUCAACACCGACGACCAACCAGCAGAUAUCAUGACAAAGGCGGUUACUCGUGAAAAAUUCGAGAAGUUCAAGGAGCUACUCCGAAUUGCAAAUUAAGAGGGGGUGUUGAAUGGUAAUUUGCAAUCAACCUAUCACUAAACACUACACAUGGUAGGCCUCAACAUUAUCAACAAUGGAUUAAUUAUUAUUGUCUCUUAUGAUAAAUGUGAAUGACCUAUGGAACAUGAGGUGUUCACAAAUAGAUGAGGUGAUAUGAAGCUCCAGCAACCAAAUAAUAUGAUUCAAUUAUCACGUACAGCAAAUGCAAAGGAGACAAGAGAAGUAAUGCAUGGGACAUACAUAUAUUAAAGACCAUGUUAGUUUGUUAUUCACGUUGCUGGAGAAUUGAAGAGUAUGUGAUGGGUGAUUGGUUCUUGCAUUUACAAUUAUAUAUAUAUAUAUAUAUAUAUAUAUAUAUAUAUAUAUAUAUAUAUAUGUGUUGUAAGUAUGGGUUGUGUAGAGUGUGUAACAGAAACAAAAGAAAGAAAGAAAGAAAGAAAGCACAAAGUGUGUGCGAUGUAUGCAAGUUCUUUACUCUUGUGUAAUUAAAACAAUAGCCAAAAGUGUAAGGCAUUGUUUGUUUGAGUGUUUUCUAAAAAUGAGUGAUUAAACACCAAAUGUUUCCUUUGUCUUGAUCCAAAAUUACCAUUACUUCCGCUAAUACCCAACAGCUUCGACAUUCCCAACGAACCAGAAGCGUUGGUGAUGGAGAAUAGUAAGGAGAGCAUAGAAUUGCAUUGGCGUGCAAGGAUUGGAGAACUGGAAACUAGAGACAAACGAUGAAGUUCAAUGGCGGCGUAGAAGGCAGAGCCGCAAAGGUUUUCGAUGGUGGAGAAAUGUAUGUCGACGAUUUGACUGUGGCGGCUGAGACGCCAAAGGAGAGGCGGUUGUAGGAGCUGCGGCUCUUUAGGAUCUGCUCAUAGAACUGAAUUUGUUUCUUCCAAACUCAAGUCGUCAUCGAAAGAAAACAAAAAUUGAAUCCAUCAUUCUCUUUCUAGCUAGGUUCCUGCUAGUAUAUGUUUCUAAAGGAAGUUGACUAUAGAUCUCCCCUGUUGUAAUCUAUUUUAUGCAACAGAGGCGAUUGAAUCUGCAGAGGAGUUUGACGGCGACCAUCGAUGGGGAGGAAGAAGCGGUGGUAGGGGUGGGGAGAGAGAAAUUGGAUGUUUUCUGGAGGAAUGAAUUUUUCAAAUGACA